GAAAAUCCUUUUACACACAAGCAACUUUGCACAUUGAUACUACGGGUAGCUCCAGAUUUUAAAAGUUAUUUCUGUGAACUAACCGGUUAAGUCGCAAGAAUGAAAUCUGUGCUAAUCACUGGAGCCAACAGAGGCUUAGGACUCGGUAUGGUGAAAUAUCUCACUAAACACAACAAAGCAGAAACAAUAUUCGCGACAUGCCGCAAAGAAUCCGAGGAACUUAAGCAACUAUCGCAUGAAAACAAAAAUCUUCACAUAUUAAACUUAGAUGUGGCAAACACGGGUAGCUAUGGCGAGAUUUCAUCGCAGAUCUCAGGAGUAGUGGGUGCGAGCGGGUUAAACUUACUUAUCAAUAAUGCUGGGAUAACCACUAAGUUUACAAAGCUUAAUCUUGUGAAAACUGAGCAGUUACUUGACAAUCUCACCAUCAACACUAUCGCACCGAUCAUGCUUACAAAGACCCUCUUGCCAUUACUGAAACAAGCAGCCGAAGCCAACAAAGACCAGCCCUUCGGAGUCCGUCGUGCUGCCGUCAUCAACAUGAGCUCAAUUCUGGGGUCUAUCGCGCAGAACGACCAGGGCGGGUUCUACCCUUACCGGUGCUCUAAGGCAGCCCUCAACGCUGCAACCAAAUCCAUGAGUAUUGACCUCAAGAAGGACCAGAUCCUAGUGGCAAGCAUGCACCCCGGCUGGGUACGUACCGACAUGGGCGGCAAGAACGCUCCACUGGACGUGGAAACCAGCAUCGCAGGCAUCUUCGAGACGGUCGAGCGGCUCGGCGAGGCGGACACUGGCCGGUUCUUGCAGUACGACGGAUCUGAGUUGCCAUGGUAACCGGUAGUGUGUUGGAGGACGAACAAAAUACGUACCAAAGCGCUCAAACGGCGAUGUGAUAGUCUAUUUUUAUAUCACCGAGCAUUUAAGAUUAAUAUAAUUAUUCACAAAUUAAAAAGCAUUUAAUUGUCCAACAUAGGUACAUAAGUACAGGUCUCAUUAUACAUUUUUGUCUCACUUUGUGGUGCCGUGAGGCGUACAACGUACGAGCAUUUAACUGUUUUAGUACAAAAGUAAGUUAGUAGCACACAAAAUAAUGCGUAUACCUAAGUAUAAAUGUGUUAUAAAUUAACAACAGUAGGUACUUCGAGUCUUCGAUACUUUGGAUCUUACUUUACAUCGAUCUACGGCAACUGCGUCCUACUUACAUUAACUGUGUCUUUAUAAACUUGCUUUUAUGUAUACAUACCUACACAUGAAAAUUAGGAUAAGUAGAUAUGUUAUUUUUAAUAAAAGCGUUGUUUUUGGCAUGUAAAAAA